CUUUAGUUUCGUUUCGGUACUCGACGCGAAAAUAUGACGAAUCGCUCCUCAUCCGUGCAUGGUUGUUGUUAUCGUCGUCGUCGCGUUUCUGCUUUUGCUUCUUUCGUUGUCGUCCCAGAUUGUGUCCACCACCCCUGAAGCCUCUUUCAGCCAUAUAGGGUGUUUUCUGCCAAGCAGCGGAAAUCGUCCUGGUCGUCGAAUUCAGCCCGGGAUUCUCCUGGUGAAGCAACGGAACAAAACGCCCAUCACAGGGAGCGUGCACAGUAAGUGCUAGAAAGAAAGAAAGUGUGUGUGGGAGUUUGUUCUUCUCCGCCCUUCGAAGGCUGGUCCCUUAUUCAUUAGUCGUGUCCGGUCCAUUUGGUCCCCUGAAGUGCGAGGAAAAUUAAAGGAAGAAAAACAAACAAGCGAACGAACGCGAAAAACGCGAAGAUGUCCCCCUGAAGUGUUUUGGGUGGUUUGUUGUUGUUUUUGAUACAGAGAAAUUAUCGAGCAUCGAAAAGGAAGAAGAAAAAACACCAACUCUCUGAAAUUAGAUUUUCUUUAAGUGGUGGAAAUUUUGCGGAUGGUGUCCAUAUGUGAAUAAAAUAUCGAGAAGCACUCGAGAACCAGUGAAGGUGAAACAAAAAAAACGAAACAAGUGGUCUCAAUUACCCUGCCCCUUGAAAAGACGACAAUCGUCCUCGCGGGGGUUUGGGUUCGUGGUUUAACCCAAGUGUUAAAGUGGUUUCCCCUCCCUGAUCCCUAUUUUUUAGAAGUGUGUGGUCCCAGUAGUGAAAUCUUGCCAAACUGGCGACCAAUUCGCGCCCUGCCUUGUGGCAGCUGAAACAGGAAGCCAUGGAUAAUAUGGUCGAGGAGAACGGAUCCUCGGCGAUAGAUCCGCUGGGUGGGGGAGGAGGUGGCCCGCCUGGAGGUCCGCACCACGAUCACCACAACAGCUCCAGCAGUAGUUCCAGCGGGGGUGGUGGUGGCCCCAGUGGACCCUCGGAAACCUCGGCCGCCAGCAUUGUACAGAUACUACCGCAGAGCAGUGUACAGGCACAAUCAGUCAUACAACAGAACCAACAAUCAGUGAUACAAACCGCAGCCGGCCAGAUAUCGACGACGUUACCCCGAGGAGUACUCCUAGUGUGCAACAAACCCAGCUCAGUGAUCCACACGACGCAAGGUAGUUUGCAGGCCAUACAGAUCAAGCCCGAACCUCACUCCGGCAUGGGCAACAGCAGCAGUAUGAUGACCGAUACCAACAGCGACGACACGAUGUCGGACGAUGAGAGUUCCCCCAAGAAGCGGAGAGACCUGCUAACGCGGCGACCUUCCUACCGUAAGAUUCUGAGCGACCUCGGCGGAGCAGAAAUUGCAAACACCCAAAGCGAAAAUCCAGGACUGCACGCGCUGGCAGCGGCAACCGGUGGUGGCGUGGUGCAAUACAGCCAAGCCCAGGAUGGUCAAAUUUACGUACCUCAUCUCUUUCCCAAUGCAGUCAUCGGUGGCAACGUGCAGCUGGAGGAUCAGUCGCGGAAGCGGGAAAUGCGGCUGCAGAAGAAUCGGGAAGCGGCCCGGGAGUGCCGCCGCAAGAAGAAGGAAUACAUCAAGUGCCUGGAGAACCGAGUGGCGGUGCUGGAAAACCAGAACAAGGCGCUCAUCGAGGAGCUAAAGUCGCUGAAAGAGCUUUACUGCCAACAGAAGAAUGAUUGAGACCAGCCGAUACCCGCAGCACCAUCAUCAUCAUCUACGCCACAGUCGUCUCCGUCGCCAUCGCCGUCACCAUCUCCAGUGGAGCCAGUGGAACGACCGGCUGUCGUUGUGACCGCAGCACCGCCGCCCUUAUCGUCGUCGACUGCGUCGCCACCAAAUCUGGUCGUCGUUACCAUUUGCCAUCGUCGUCGUCCACAUCAGCGGGAUGAAAGCCCCGGAAGAAGGUAGACUUACAACAACAGUAACAAUGCGACAUCGAUAAAGUAGUGAGGCCGACCCCGACAACACUUAUCUCAAUCGAUCGAUCGUUCGAUUUGUAUGUGUGUGAGUGUGAUGAUCGUUUAGCUGUUCUUUCGAUGGAAGAAAACAAAGAAAAAGGAUAAAAAAAAAACUAUCUGUUGUCACAUCAAUAGAGAACGCUGUUGUUCUAUGUAUUUUUGAUCCGCAGGAAGGUUUGCGUGGCGUAACACAAUAGGUGAGGAGAUCUGUUUGUCGUAUGAGUGUGUAAGCGUAUCAUCCAUCCAUGAAAAGGAGAGAAGAGAGAAACAAGAAGGAAUUUUAUCUCAACAUACACAAGUAGGUUUGGUUAGCGAUGGACAGACUCCUUGAACCGGAAGAUAUUUUUUUCGGUUACUUCAUUCGACCUGAACUGAAAUAACUCGAAGCUUUCCGGAUUUGUGAAGAAUUUUCGGUGACUAAACUACCUUUGAGAGUUUGAACAACUUUAAGACCCUGAAGCUAUAGCUUAUACUUCAUAGCUUCAACUUAUAAGUACUGUUAGAAAACUUUGGGAUGAAUUAUCCCAUUGGGCUUAAAAUCCUGGAAAAAAAAACCGCUUAGAAAGAGCCUGAAUUCGACCAUCGAUACCAUGUGUAAGACUUCUUAACAGACAAGAUAUUUCGGCGCACCGUUGAAUGAACAGUUCCUAGUUGUUUGGCGUUGUUCAGAUGAAAGAGUCGAAGAUUUUCCCGUUAUCCUACCAUAAAGGCAAGACGAGCACCUUAAGCUUCCGCGAGGUUUAGGAAUAGAAAUAAAGUAAAAACUUGAGACCUAAUUGAUAAGUAGCAAAAAAGACCUGUAACAUGUGUUAUGAGUCUGCUUGGUUGAAUAAUUCUACUGAAUCAAAGCAAACCGGAAGAUUCUUUCUAAUUCAAUGACGGUACCGUGGUUGAAUCAAAAGGAAUCUUCCGACUGCUUUGAUUCAAAAAGACCUUUAUAACCUGCUGUAAAACUGAAUGCAGUAAACACCUACAAAUCCGAUGAUUCACCGAAGUAUGGGGCAAGAUGAUCCCUAAGUUGGUGUUCUUCGUUUAACUGAUGUUUCUUUCGCUCAAAAGUGGCCACUUCAGCUUUCAAGGCUUCUACGCGGAAAAUAAAAAAAAAGGUAAAAUUUAUCGAGAAGUUCGGUGAUUUUUUUCCACCCAUCACCCCCAUCAUCUCAGUAAAUUGAACCUUUUUUACACCUCGCUACGGGAUAAGUUUUUCCUUAUUUGAAUUCACCUUUUUUCAAAGUGAAUUGUACUUUUUUUGUCCACCAACUUCACCUCGCUACGAGGUAAGAUUUACCUUUUUUGGAUUCAACUUUUUUCUCGGUGAAUUGUACAUUUUUUUUAGUUCGAUUCAGGUAAACUUUACCUCACUGUGAGGUGAGUUUUACCUCGUAAAGGUAGAAAUUACCUUUUUGGCUUUCACGAGCGUUCGUCUUGCUAUCUCGGUAAAAUUUACCUCCUUAUUAUUUUCCGUGUAUUUUUCUAAUCCUGAACUUUUUGUCACAGGUGUUCGCAAAGUUUUAUUGAAUUUUUUUUACAGCUCGUUUUGCUUUAAAGAAAAAAAUUGUUUUCCGGCCGAAUGGAGGAGUCCUAAAUCGCUAUCCCAACAAAAGUAAUGUCCAAUCUACUGUAGUUUUCUUCUCAUUUUAUUUUGCUAAUUUUUCGAAAGUGUGACAACUAUUGAAAACACACAAAACGUGAGAAAAAAAUUUAUGCCUACUUUUCUUAUUUAUUAUGAAAGUGAAAAGUGCCGUCACCGGUUCUCAGCGAGAGAUGGUUUUAAGCAGCAAAAAAAAAACACAUACACGCGUGCGUGUGCGCAUUAGCAAGACGAUGAUGAUAAUGAUGAUGACGCUGACGGAUAAUGGUUUCUGUAAAUUAGAAGUUUUGUGUAACAAACAAAACGAUUGAACUUAAACUCAAACGAAAAGAUUUGUCUGUUUUCUGUUUUUUUGAAAAUAAUAAUUGCCAGAAGUAAAAGUAAAGAAUCGGUCAAAAAAAAUUGCACCAAAACAAAGGCGUUCUUCGCACAUACACGCGCACCUUUUAAUCGGUAAACACAUGAGUUGGGAUGCCUACAAAUUUCGGCAUCUUUGAAAAUGUGCGUGUGAUGUGCAAACGCCAGCAGCGGUGUGAUCUAGUUUGUGUAAAAUAAUAUAUCUUUAUGGAAACGGUCAUGUUUGGAGAGAAUAUUUGUUCUAUUGUUUCACACUGACCGGGGCCGAGAACUUCAAAGAAGAGCGCGAAAAUCUGGCAAAACUGUUGCUAUCUGCGUAGGGAAAUAAAACGUUGUACAUUUAGGAAAUAAUGGCCGAAACCAGGAACGGUUUAACAGAAGAAGAGAGUAAAAGAUUAGGGAGA